CGUUAAUAACGUUAUCUCUCGCGUCACUCUUGUCCCAAACAACAACUGCUGCCGCUGCGCAGGAGGAGGACGGGACUGCGGUCCAGGUGCACCGCUGUCAUUGAGAGACAGUGAAGUUUUAACGCUACCGAGAAGAAAAGAGAUGAACCCACAGCGGACGGAAGGCGUCCUGAUUUCGACAAGUGUUAAUCUGUUAAACGAAGCUCGCCAUCGUUUUUUAUCGGUGAUGGGAUGCCUUCAGGAGCAACCUGCCGCCAAACGUUAACCCCUCUAAGGUAUUCUUGCCAAAACAGUAUGCAACCUGGAAAAGAACAUCUUUUCAAAAAUCAGGAUGGACACUAAAGCUGUGAAAUGCCUUUUCUGAGAACUCACUAACUUUUGGAAGAUAAACUUUUCAUAGUUAGAGGAUUUUAUAACACAGCUGUGGCUUUUGACGUACCAGGAAAAGUAAUGGAGACAGAAGAGAGGGAGGAUGAUUCAAAAAAACCCACAGCUAAUAUAAAGGCAGAGAUAAAGGAAGAUGUGACCUCUGGCCACACCUGUGGGGUGUGUGGCCGCAGCUUUCCUCUUCUCAGCUCUCUGUCGCAGCACAUGAGAAGACACACACGGGAGAAGCCGUACAAGUGUCCAUACUGUGAGCACAGGACGGCUCAGAAGGGCAGUCUGAAGGCCCACAUUCGAAGCCAUAAACUGGGCCUAUUCAGCCAUAACCUCAGUGACAAGGAGAAGGAAAGAGAUCAAGGGCAGAAAGAUAACGCUGAGACACCUGACCCUCCUGAAAUCGUCAGCACAUCUGACAAAGCUCAUAAUGUCAACGGGAAAGUGAAGAAGAAAGGAACCAAGAAAAAAGUUAAGAGUAAAGAUGGUGUUGAGGUCGGUGAUGGGGCUGAUGAUGGGUCCUGUACCUGCAGCAUUUGUGGCCAGGUUUUCCCUCAGGUCCUACUCCUUAAAUCCCACAUGAAAAGGCACCGCAGCUCCCAGGAUCACGGUUGCCGGAUUUGCGGACGCCGUUUCCGCCAAGCAUGGUUCCUCCAAAGUCAUAUGCGCAUUCACCGGGUCAAAGCCCAGCUAAGAAGUGGCAAAAGCAAUGAGCUGCCUGCCACCAUCAAUGGAGUUCCUCAGGACCCAGAAUUGCUGACAAAUGAAGAGUGCCUCUAUGAGCUCUGUGCUGGCUGUGGUAACUUCUUCUAUGACCGCAAGACAUUACGAAUACAUGAAAAGCUACAUAAACCGAACCACUGCCGCACUCAGACACAAAAACCACCACAGGAAGACAUUAAAGCUCCUGAGCUGCACAUUGCUAAGAGUUAUUUUUUGGAAAGCCUGAACCUCACAUGUGCUGGACCAAGGGAAACUCCUGAGGAAAAGAGCCUGGGCAGGCGAAUUCCAGAGCUGGAUCCAGUUUGCAGUUAUCAAGCGUGGCAGUUGGCCACAAGAGGACGACUAGUGGAGGCCACAGAGAAAUGUCUGGGAUGGGAGGAGAGGCUAGCAGAUGCUGAGGUGGCAUAUAACACAGAAAGGGGCGAGUAUGUACCCCUGAAGCAGGAGAAGAAGAGGAAGCAAAUCCACACCUCCAGCUCCAACAUUAAGAAGAUGAAGGGUGACACAGGCCUUGAUCACACAUCAAACACCUUGACUCACACUAAAGGUGUUGACAAAAAGAUUUCCCAGAAAGACCGUAUUUUGUUGAACGGACUUGGUCAUGCGUUUUAUGAGGCACUUCAGACUAAGAAAGUCAAAGAUGUUCACCUCACACCUAAACAGACCAACAGCACCAGCAGCCAAGAUCAGGAGGAUAAAAAAACAUACUUCUGCGAGCACUGUGAUUUCCACACUGUCGACGCCUCACUACUCAGGUCUCACCGGCACAGGCAGCACCAGGACAUCCUGAGUCCCUACUGCAAAGAAAGCACCAUUUUGGACAACAUUAACCCAAGUGGUUCCAAGGCCUCAAGAUACAUGGACUACCUCAGAAACAGGAGUGAAUUGCUCAGUCAGCCAUUCUGGAAUCCUUACACAUGUCCGCCUGACCAGGGGUCAGCAGAGUCCAACAUUAAAACAAAAAAAUCAAAUGGUACUGAGUUUAAAGGGCAGGGACACACUACUAAUGAUGCUGAUAGUCUUCUUAAUCUGUCUUCAUUACCCAUUAAUGAAGGAGACGGCACUGUAAAUUAUCCAAUAAAGACAGAGGGCCUGGUGAGACAUCAGUGCCCAUACUGCUCCCACACUACCAACUACCCAGAAGUACUGUGGAUCCACCAGCGGGUUGCACACAGGGUGGAUAACAGCAGCUCCAUGGCACCCAAGUGGGCACCCUGCACUAACAGCCCCAAGAAUUUAAAGGCAGGUGCUACCCAGUGGAGACGCACAGGGCCGCCACCAUUUCUCGAAGGCAAGGACUGCCCUGCUUUACCUGCACCAAGAACUCAGCGCACACAGCCUCCAGCUUUGACAAGCAGCAGCAGCAGCAGCAGCAGCAGCAGCAAGCACUCAGCCCCCAAGACCAAAUCAGGCGUCCCUAAGUCCAAGCAUCAGUCUAAGGACUCACGUUCUUCAGAUGGAACACAGUCUAGUGGGAGGAUGGGACUCCUACCUCAGAAGAAGUCUGGUGAACAUAACCGGGCAGAAAAGGGGGGAAGUAAAAGCUCCAGCACUCAAGCUACUUCAUCAAGCAGUAUUGUGCACAGCAAGAGUGCCCCUAGUUUCCAGCCUACAAACAGCCCUAAACACAGAAGCCACAUAGCUGCAGUGGAAGGAAACUUCCCUCAGGAGGGUUUAGGUUUCAUGUUGGCCAGAAAUCAUGACGGGACUUCAUCUAACGCUUCUGCAGAUAGACCUCAUCCCCGCAGGCUGUCAUGCGACUCCUCUUCUGUUCCUAAGGAUCCUGAUCUGUGGGCUGCCAUGAACAUGUGGGGCCACAAAGCAUAUUUAGAACCACUCCGUUUUGCUCAGGUAAAAAAUGAAUCAACAGGAGAAAUGCCAAUGGACAUUGAUAUUUUGAGUCUCCUGAAAAACUACAGUCCCCAUGAUCUUGCUGCUCUUUACCAGCACUGGGGGUUUGUUGAUCCCAGGAUUGAUCCACAAGCAAUGUUGCAGUUAAAUGGAAAUUUUGGAAAAGAAGUCCACCCCACCUCUGAAGCUUCCAAACAAGUGAAUAGCCGCUCCACUUCCUCCUCAGGGUCUCUUCACAAAGGAACGUGAAGUGACAUUGUGUUCCUGUUGGCUUCCAGCCUGCAUGAUACUGCUGAUCAAAGAGGCCUGCUGUUCUUUAAAGGAACCAGCCAUAACUCCUAAAGGACAGAGGCACUGGAUAAUGCACAUUAUAUGCAAAGCAAUGAGGUGGACUCUUAUUAUUUUGUAAUAUGAUUUAAUUUGAAGUGUUGCGCAUGGUUUUUGUUUGUUAAGAGUGUAGAUAUGUUAGUUACCAAAACACACAUGGAAAUGAGGUAAACCCGUUUGAGCUUUUUGUAAACAUAAACAUUUAGGGGUGAUGUCGGUGGAAAUGAAAUGAGAAGCUACAUUUGCUAAAGGAUAAAGAGGACAUAUUGGCUAAAGCGCAGGAGUUAUCUGCUGGUUUUGUGUAAAAAA